AUGUCGCGCCGAACCUCCCGACUCUCCACGUCCGCGACUCCCGCACUUCCCGACGUCUCAUCUCACGAGACCCCCGAAGACACGAUGAGCCUCGACGUGCCAGAACAACUGCUUACGCCCGAGAACAGUCGUUCGGAGACCUCCAGCAACAAUGAAAACGCGUCCACCGAUGAAAAACUCGCCGGCCGGCGGAGAUCGACACGGGUGGUACGCGCAUCGCUACAAGCGACUGAGUCUCUGGCCAACACCCCAGCCAAGAGCGACGAGCCUAAAACCGCAUCCAGCCAAGCCUAUGUCGACAGUCUGGCAAAAUCGAAGCGUUCCCGUUCCUCAUUGCGCCAUAGCAUCGCCGUGAUGGAGUCAUCUCUCCGUAACGGAACCGCGCUACCAGAUGUUGAUACCCUCGCCAAUGACCAGUCAAUGGUUCCCGACACACCUAUUUCGAACUCCUCGCAAGAACCGGUCUCAGACGAACUGAAUCCCCCGCUUUCACAACGAACUCUACGACACCGUGUCGAAAAGGCGCUAGGCAAAGAUGAGAAGCAAACAAUGGAAACGGAACACAAGAUCGCAUCUCGGGGAUCUAUGAGACGUUCAACCCGGUUGAGCUUGGUAGAAAAAGCGAGCGAUAUCUUGGAGCGAACAAGCAGUGUUCUAGGCAAACGCCAGAGGGGCCAGGCAGACACCAAAAAAGAAGUCAGCCGUCGCGCCAGUCUUCGCCCACGCACCCUCGCACCGGCGAAGGAAGAAACGCCCGCCCCAACAGCCGAAGCACCCCAGCCCAAGAAGCGUCGAGUCUCCGAAAGUGAUGUCUCCAAGCUACAAAAGAAGGAGCCAUCUCCACCGCAAGAAGAGAUUAAACCAGUUACUCCGAAGUAUAAGCCCAAGCGAUGGCUCGCUCACGGAUUGUAUACGGGGCAAGAACCAUCCGACUCGCCUCCCAAACAACGCCAAAGCAAGAAUUCCGCAAAGACAGGCACUGGUCCUCUAAACCGUCGUCUUCUUCCCAUGCCCAUGUUUGCUGACGUUUUUGUUGGCGAUGCCGCAAGUGAGUGGAGAGCUAACAAGAACCUGGAACUGUCAACUUGCAUGUGCGACGAGGACACUGGCUGUGACGAAAAUUGCCAAAAUCGCUAUAUGUUCUACGAGUGUGAUAGUGGUAACUGCAGACUUGGUCCUGAAUGUGGAAACCGUAACUUCGGCGAGCUCAAGCACAGGACGAAGGCGGGUGGCAAGUACAACAUCGGAGUCGAAGUCAUCAAGACAUCUGAUCGCGGAUACGGCGUGCGCAGCAAUCGCUCCUUCGAGCCAAAUCAGAUUAUUGUGGAGUAUACUGGAGAGAUCAUCACGCAGUUUGAGUGCGAACGACGGAUGAGGGCAGUGUAUAAGAACAAUGAGUGCUACUAUCUGAUGUACUUUGAUCAGAACAUGAUCAUCGAUGCUACUCGGGGCUCAAUUGCUCGCUUUGUCAACCAUUCCUGCGAGCCAAACUGCCGCAUGGAGAAGUGGACAGUUGCUGGAAAACCGCGCAUGGCCCUGUUCGCAGGCGAUCGUGGGGUCAUGACGGGGCAAGAAUUGAGCUAUGACUACAACUUCGAUCCAUACUCCAACAAAAAUGUCCAAGAAUGCCGAUGUGGCGCAGACAACUGUCGUGUAGAUGAGAAGACCAAGAACUCGGCAACUCCAAAGAACGUGAAGAACGCGAAAACCACCGGCACCAAGCGCAAGUUGUCUGAAACGACUGGAGCCUCUUCGGCUACGGCAAAGAAGCGCAAGUUGCUCCAACCAAAGUCCAUUAAAUCCAGCUUCAAGAAAGUCAUCAAGAAAGCGACAACCGCUCGCGCAAAGGCUACAACCAAGAAGUCAGUGACUGCCUCCAAGGCGACCAAGAACGAUUCGUCGGCCAAGAAGAAGAGCGUUAAGCUUCCGACUGUCAAGUCGGCAUCAAGAGUCAAGGCCACUGUGAAGGCUUCACAGAAGAAGACUGAGAAGGCGAUGCCCAAAUCGCCGGCGAAGAGUACUUCUCAGCUCAAGCGACCAUCUGCCGCGACAAAGAAGAAGAUUCUUGCUGCUGCCGACGGUUCAUCUCCUCGAGCUACCAAAUCCAAGGUCAGGAAGGACAAGACUGGGAUUAAGAGAGGCCCUUAUAAGAAGACUCUCUUGAGAAGACUGGCUCUCGCCAACCAGACCUCCGUAGAGAGCGCUGCGAAAACAAACAACACUACCGUUAAGAGCCCAGCGAAGGCUAAGAGCUCGGCAAAGGCUAAGGGCCCCGGCAAAGCUCAGAGUCCUGCCAAAGCCAAGGGGCUAACCAGCAGCAUGAAGCAAGCAGCCAAGAACGUCGUUCGCACCGUGAAGGGUGCAAAGCGAUCAGCACAAUGA